AGGUCAAAUGCUGCGAGUGCGGCUGUGCUUCCGUGACCUUUGAUCCAUUCCUCUUUCUCUCCCUGCCUUUGCCAAAUCAGCUGAAGCGCGGAAGAAAGGUGCACAUUGAGGAGGCGAUCAAGGCCUUCUGCGACGAGGAAAGGUUGGAGGCGGAGAAUUCUUGGGGCUGCCCCAGAUGCGAUCGCCGGGUGAGCGCCUCCAAGCGCUUGUCACUCUGGAAGCUGCCUUUGCUCUUGCUGGUGCACCUGAAGCGCUUUGGCUUCGAGGCUGCCUCCUGGCGACCCACGUGGAAGAUUGAGGGGGAGGUCGCUACAAAUGAGCAUUUGGAUCUGCAGGACUUCGUCUCGAAGAUGUCUCCGCAGCGGGCGCCGCUGCAGUACGAUCUCUUCGCAGCUGUAGAUCAUGCAGGCGCCUCGCCCAUGUCGGGGCACUACACGGCCUCCUGCCGAAGAGCGGACGGGUGGUGGCGGUUCGAUGACUCUCGCACUGAGUACCUGGGGAGAGCCGGGUGCGAGACCACGGAGAAGAAGGUGAUCGGCUCCUGGAACUACCUGCUCCUGUUCCAAAGGCGCGACGCGCCGCGGGAGGUGGAGCAGGUCCCGGAGCAGAGCCUCCGGCGCCCGGAGCUUUGGCCGCACGUGCUGGAUGGUGCAACCAGGCAGCACAGCGCCGACCCAGAUUGACGGA